CACAGCCUCUGCGCAGAUGCUGCCAUGUUCGGGCCCAGCACACUCGACCAGCAUCCCAAGUUGGGAACCAACCAUGGAAUGGACAGGAGAGUCUGGCAGACAACGACCCAGAAAUGUGGGAUCUUGUACGAAAGGAGAAGGACAGGCAGUGUCGUGGACUGGAGAUGAUUGCUUCAGAGAAUUUUUGUAGCCGUGCAGCUCUGGAGGCCCUUGGAUCUUGUCUAAACAACAAGUAUUCUGAAGGCUAUCCUGGAAAGAGGUAUUAUGGAGGUGCUGAGGUUGUGGAUCAGAUAGAGUUGCUGUGCCAGCAACGUGCUUUGGAUGCCUUCAGACUGGACCCAGAAAAAUGGGGAGUUAAUGUGCAGCCAUACUCUGGUUCCCCGGCUAAUUUUGCAGCAUACACAGCCCUUCUGCAGCCACAUGACCGCCUCAUGGGACUGGAUCUUCCUGAUGGAGGACACCUAACACUAACACGGGUACAUGUCUGAUGUGAAACGUAUCUCAGCUACCUCAAUUUACUUUGAAUCCAUGCCUUACAAGCUUAAUGCAGCGACUGGGUUAAUUGACUAUGACCAACUAGAGGUGACCGCUCGUCUCUUCCGACCCAAACUUAUCAUUGCCGGGACCAGUGCAUAUGCACGAUUAAUAGAUUAUGCCAGGAUGAGAAAGGUGUGUGACGAGGUGAAGGCUUACCUUCUUGCUGACAUGGCCCACAUUAGUGGGCUGGUAGCAGCUAGUGUCAUCCCGUCACCUUUUGAUCAUGCUGAUGUGGUCACGACGACGACGCACAAGACUCUCCGUGGGGCCAGAUCUGGACUUAUAUUUUACCGAAAAGGUGUCAAGUCUGUGGAUAAGAAAACUGGAAAAGAUAUCCUUUACAACUUUGAAGACAAAAUCAACUUUUCAGUUUUCCCUUCAAUCCAGGGAGGGCCGCACAAUCAUGCAAUUGCAGCUGUCGCUGUAGCUUUAAAACAGGCUAAUUCUCCAAUGUUCCAUGAAUAUGCACUGCAGGUCCUAAAAAAUGCUAAGGCAAUGGCCUCUUCCCUACUUAAGAAGGGUUACACACUUGUCUCAGGAGGAACAGAUAACCACCUUGUGCUAGUAGACCUGAGGCCUAAAGGUAUGGAUGGAGCACGAGCUGAGAGGGUGCUUGAGCUUGUAUCUAUAACUGCCAACAAGAACACCUGCCCUGGGGAUAAGAGUGCUCUGACUCCUGGAGGCCUGCGAUUAGGUGCCCCUGCACUUACAUCCCGCAAUUUCAGCGAGACCGACUUUGAGAAAGUGGUUGACUUUAUUGAUGAAGGCAUUCAGAUUGGACUCGAUGUGAAGAGCAAAACAUCUAAACUCCAAGAUUUCAAGAAUUUUCUGCUGGAGGACAAGGAAACAGUACAGAAAAUUGCAAACCUUCGUCAGCGUGUAGAGAAAUUUGCUCGUGCCUUCCCCAUGCCAGGAUUUGAUGAACGCUAG